AUGGACCUAAACUCCCAGACAGUUCUGGACAUUCAGGUAAUACAGUGUAAUGAAGUAAAAGGCUCAACGCAUAUGGAGCUUGAGGGCCUGAAGCGUGGGCUACUAAAGUUGAAAGCAGAAAGACUGAAUAUCAAGUCACUCAUCACUGACAGACAUGUCAUGGUGAAAAAAUUUAUGAAAGGAGAAGAGGAGAUUAUUCACAACUUCGAUGUAUGGCAUGUUGCAAAAGGUGUAUCGAGAAAGUUAGAGGGUUUGGCAAAGAAAAAGGGGGCAGAGGCUAUUAAGCCUUGGAUAAAAAGUGUUUCAACACACCUAUACUGGGCGGCGUCCACCUCUGCCAAUGAUGGCGAGAUGAAGCUGGCAAAGUGGCAGUCGCUUACCCGCCAUAUCCGGAACAUCCACACACACCCUAGUGAGAAGUAUCCGGAGUGCAGACAUGGCCCUUUAGAGGAUAACCAAAGAAAUUGGAUGGAAGAAGGAUCCCGCCCAUACAAGCUCCUAUGUAGUGUCGUCACCAGCCCAUUCCUAAUGAAGGACAUCGAGAAGUUGUCUCCAUUCCAUCAGACAUAUGGUCUCGAGGUGUACCACAAUAUUGUCAACCAUUUUGCACCAAAGAGUACACACUUCUUCUUCGAAUCCAUGCUGGCCAGAUUGUACUUAGCUGGACUACAUUACAAUGAGAACAGCAGGAAGCCACGUGACACGACAUCAGAUGGCAGAGUUCGUUGGCAGCUUUGCUAUCCAAAAGCAAAGAAAGGUCUGGAGGCUGUAGUGAAGCCGAUUAGCACUGGUCCGUCAUUUGGAUACGUGGACUUGCUGAUCCAUAACCUCGUCCAGCGAAGAAAAGAUCUACCAUCCUACCAGGUUGCUUCAGAGGCUCUCAGUAGCUACCUGUCGGUACCUGCCCCUACUACGUCAGGAUUCGUACCUGUGGACAAAGCUUGUCUUAUAGAGAGACAUAAAUCACGAUUUUCGAAGACAACAAACUCCAAUGAUGUAUGAAUCUACGGAAACUUGGGGUAUUGAAAUCCGCAGUACUCCUGGCUGGGGAAGGCUUCCCGAAUCUUCUUUACGGCACACGAUGGUAUUGGCUUUCGGUUUCCUCUGCCUAGCUCGUGCCAUAUCCAUCGUGUAAAUCUCCUGUAUGCGAUAAACCUGUACAACCUGGAUGAGAAAAGACACAAAUAUCUUACAUGUUUGCAGAUAUAAAGCUAAAAUUGUUUAUUUAUAGAUCUAUGUAUAUGUGGGGUGGAGAAGGGGUUGGUGCUAUGAGACAAUUGAUAUACUUGGUAAAAUAAACAGAUCUGUUGUAUUUUGUAUACUUGAUUAUGC